CCAAUGCGCCUCCCUCCACUAACCGACCUCUCCCUGCAUGCGUGUUGACGACUAAUUUAUCUUUUCCUUUACUUUACCCCAACCAAGACCACCAGGAAUUAUAAAUCUCUCAUUCCCUCUUCAUUUGCCUCCCAAUUCUCACUCUCUCAACAACAGAAACACAAUUUUCUAUCUCUUCCUUUCGUUUCACACUAAACAAACCCCUCAUUUCUUAUGCCUUUCAUUAUUUUAUGUCACUUUUCCUCCUUCUCACACACUAUACAUGUCACCUUUGCUCCUUCGCAUUAGCAAUAGUUAAUAUAACUACAAAUUCUCUCUCUCUCUCUCUCUCUCUCUCUCUCUCUCUCUCUCUCUCUCUCUCUCAGCAAAUUAUAGGAUCACCUUUUCAGAGCUACACACAUCUCCCAAUCGGCUCCAUUAUCCCAGAACUAGCUAGAACUAUAACUAUAUACACAUAUAUAGCUUGUCUCUAGUUCUGAGGAAAAAUGGGCAACUGUUUUGUUCUCUCCAAGCCGGAGAAAGUUUUGAGGGUUGUGAAGACAGACGGGAAAGUUUUAGAAUUCAGGGCACCAACUCUUGUUAAGGACAUGUUGAUGAACUUUUCGGGCUCUGGUAUUAGUGAAUCAAAGCAAGCCUCAGAGCUUCUCUCUCCUAAUUACAAACUGAAGCUUGGGAAGGUUUACUAUAUGAUUCCUCUUCUGGGUUCUGUUGCAAGUGAUGCGAGCAGUGCAGGUAUUAUUUCAUCUGUGGAUGUUAAAGAAAAGGACCGGGCUGCUACAAGAAGGAUUAAGAUCGUCAUAACAAAGCAACAGCUUCAAGAGCUAUUGACAAAGCAAAUAUCAGUGCAGGAGGUUCUUUCAACUUCAGGGCUUGAACAGAAAUCAUGUUCGUCUAAUGAUUCUUCAACAAAUUGGAAGCCGAAGCUUGAAUCCAUCCCUGAACUUGAAGGAAGCGAGUAGAGUUACUUUCCAGCGUUUUGCUCAUAACCAUAACUUACUUUGCCAGAUAAGAAAGAGAGGCUCAUAGAUGCCCCCUGCAUGUUAUAAUUAUAUACUGUAGAUUAUGGAAUUGAAUCAACAUGUUUUUAUCAGUUUAAUGCUUUCUUGCGAAACACGUACUGUGGCCAUUAAUAUUUUUCCA